AUGCCCGCAAGCACCACGAUGACCUCUGUCCCAUCCUCGCCCUCCUCCCUCUCCGUCGCGAGCACUUCCACCGCGGUCUCCGCCACCGCCACCCCCAAAACGAAGGACUAUGAGUCCGCAUUCGGCGCGCUCCAGACGCAGUACGGCUUCGCGGCGUCCGCGCCCGCGCCCGAACGCGGGUCGCCCAAGUCGCAGCCGCAGCCGCAGCCGGCGCAGUCGCAGCGGCACAAGUCAAACUCCGCCUCGUGGCUGAAGCGCGCGCUGUCGAGUUCGCGCUCGCGCUCCCCGAAGCCGCAAUCGCAGUCGCGGCCGACGUCAGAAGAGGAGAGGGCGAAGGAGGCGGAGCGGGCGCGGCAGUACUACUACUACGAGGACCAGUUCGCGCAGCUGACGGCGAAGUACGGUUCGAUCACUUCGCACACUUGUCCAACCCCCUUCGACAUUACUCGUCUCCAAGUCAAGACUCCAACGCAAGUUUCCGCCAUGGCACUUUUCAUGGAUCUGAAUGACGAUAUUCUCCUCAUCAUCCUCUCCUAUCUCCAGAAGCGAGAUAUACUCUGGACGGUCAUUUCGUUGAAACGGCAUCUUCCUUUCUCCUGGUUGCAUGAGAACAUCGGCACCAACGCUCGUUAUGUUCGUGAGAUGGCGAUCUAUCUCAUCGGCAAGGCACCUAGGCUCCCUGAUGUCUUGUUCGCAACCAAGAACAUCCGUCACCUCGUGAUAUCCAGUCUUUUGCACCACUUCGACGACCCGCGUUUUUCUGUGGCUCUUUCGGAGCUGUUCGAGCUCCGGAAGCUCUCUUGCAACUGGGCCCACAACAAGAUGCUGCCGACGAUCCAAAGCAUUCCCUCUCCCAACCUCACGAGCCUCUGUCUGCGCUAUGAAGGAGGAAGGGACCUUUUCGACCACCUCCCUUCCCUCAUCUCCGCCAUUGCAUCCUUUCCUCGCCUAUACGCUCUCAUUCUAAACUACUUUAGACCAACCGCCGCUGUCGACAUCGCCAGCUACCCGCCAUUUCCCUCCAUCCAUCAGCUCACCCUCCACGGCGUCACCGAGCCCGCGACAGAUCUCGUUUAUCUCUGUCCCAACGUCACCUCCCUGAAACUUGGUCUUGAACGUCCUUACGUCAGGGAAUCCAUUAUCUCGUUGCUGGAACGACACGACGUGCACGCGACACACGUCCGACUCUCCAUGCUCUGGGGGGUCAAAGAUGACGGCAUCUCGUUCGCGAUAACCGAACUCGCGUCCGAACUCACGCGCGUUCUCGCCGCGCUCAAGCCGCACUCGCUUUGCCUGGAGAUAACAGUGACGUGGGACACGAGGCUGUUUUACCGCACGGGGACUCUCUGGCAAAUGGUCGCCACGGCCGCCCCGCACCUGCGUGCGCUCGUGCUCGAUGUAGAGUCAUUCGACAACGAUACCGAAGACGGGGAGCCGCAGAUAUGGACGCCCCCCGACGCGCUCGUGGCGGAGCUCGCGCGCCUCCCGCUCGUCGCCUUCCAUCUCAAGGCGGACCCGGCCCAACUGUUCGAGCGGAAUCCGGAGGCGGACACGGGAGAUCGCCUCCGCCUCCGCGCGCUCGCCGCGUUCCCCGGGAGGCUCGCCGCGGUCAUCUCCACACUGCGCGUGGUCGGCGUAUCGGACGGGUGGCGCCAGGGCGAGGGCGUGCGGUCCACGCGGUGGUGGCGCGUCGAGCGCGGCGAACGCAACGGCGCGUCGCGGUGGCUGGUCGAGCUCUGGCGCGAGGACGGGGAGCGGGCGCUGCGGCUGGUGCAGAAUGAGGCGUUUUGUGCGUCCGACCUUGACGACAUCUACUCGGAGAAGUGCCGUUACGUGCGGUGGUGA